AUGAGGGUUUUGAGAUGUUUUCUUGACGAUUUAACGCUACAAACCCUACUGUUCAUGGUGGUUGCAUCGGAUUUAAACAGCUUAGUUAUAGGACUUGGCUCAAUGUCGUCCAUUGCUAUAUCAUACGGCGAAUAUGGUUCAGCCUUUUGUGGUUUAAAAUCAGACGGUUCACACCUGGUGACAUGUUACGGUUCGAACCUGGCUCUCACCGGUUCAAUCCCUUUGCUCACACGGUUCGCAGGUUUAACAGCGGGCAACGGGUUUGUUUGUGGGCUUUUGACAAACACCAACCAACCUUUCUGUUGGGGGGUGAGUGAUUUCAUAGCCAUGGGUGUUCCUAAACCCAUGGAUAAGUUCGCUGAGUUUGUUGAACUCAGCGCCGGAGACCAUCAUUUAUGUGGUCUCCGGAAACCCUUAACAGGCAAUCGAAGAAAUAUUUCGAUUGUCGACUGUUGGGGUUAUAACAUGACAAAAAGUCAUGUCUUUGAUGGACCGGUUCAAUCAAUUUCAGCUGGGUCUGAGUUUAACUGUGGGUUGUUUUCAGAGAACCGGACCGCGUUUUGUUGGGGGGAUGAGACAAGUAGUGGGGUAAUUAGCCGUGUCCCGAGGAACGUUCGGUUUAAGAAGAUAUCAGCAGGUGGGUAUCAUGUUUGUGGGAUAAUCGAAGCGAUUGAAUCAAAUGUUUCUUGUUGGGGGACAAGUUGGGAGACCCAACAGGAAAUCGCAGUCGAAUUGGCUGGACAGGGUCGGGGUCAAGUCAACUUUGACUUGACCCCACACCACCCAGACCCUAUCCCGUCAAUUCCAAAAGGGGAAUUGGCGAGUCAAGGUCAAGUCAGUGUUGACUUGACCCCACCAGACGCAAUGCUUACGGUGGUUGGAGGACGGUUUCACGCGUGUGGGAUUAUCAGUUAUAACCGUACGGUGGUUUGUUGGGGUUUUCGGGUUGCGAUGAGCACGGAACCCCCGAAGGGGGUUUCGGUCUACGAAAUCGCGGCCGGGGAUUACUUUUCUUGCGGUGUUGUGGCGGAUAAAUCGUUUUCUCCGGUGUGUUGGGGCGUGGGUUUUCCGGCGUAUUUGCCGCUAGCGGUUUCUCCGGCGGUCUGUCGGAUGAAUUGUGAAAGCGGGUUUUACGAGUAUAACAACAGUAGUUCACCGUGUCCGUCUCCCGGAUCAAAAAUCUGUUUACCUUGUAGCCAUGAAUGCCCUUCUGAAAUGUAUAAAAAAUCCGAAUGCACAAAAGAUGGGGACAGAAUUUGCGAGUAUAACUGCUUGAAUUGUACUUCAGUAGAGUGUUCUUCGAAUUGUUCAUAUUCCGAUAAGAAAACUGAAAGAUUUUGGUCCCUACAGUUGCCGGUGAUUGUUGGGGAGAUUGUUUUUGGGGUUUUGUUAGUGAUUGUUGUAACAUUGACUGCUAUCUUUUACGUUCGUUACAAGUUAAGAAACUGUAAUUGCUCAAUGAAAGGAGUUAAAAUGGUAAAAAAUGGGUUUCAGAAAGAUGGAGGAAAGAUUCAGCCGGAUUUGGAAGAGUUGAAGAUCAGACGAGCUCGGGUUUUUAGUUAUGAUGAACUGGAAAAAGCCACCGGUGGGUUUAUGGAAGAAUCACAGGUUGGAAAAGGGAGUUUCUCUUGUGUUUUCAAAGGAAUUUUGAAAGAUGGACUCGUUGUUGCUGUGAAACGAGCGAUUUUAUCACCUGAUAUGAAGAAGAAUUCAAUGGAGUUUCAUAACGAACUUGAUUUGUUAUCCAGAUUAAACCACGCCCAUUUGCUUAAUCUUCUUGGAUACUGUGAAGAAGGUGAACAGAGGUUAUUAGUUUACGAGUUCAUGGCUAAUGGAUCAUUGCAUCAACACCUCCAUGGAAACCCAAAGGUGUUGAAAUCACAGUUGGAUUGGGUGAAACGAGUUACGAUUGCUGUUCAAGCUGCUCGUGGAAUCGAGUAUUUGCACGGAUACGCAUGUCCACCGGUGAUUCACCGGGAUAUCAAAUCAUCAAACAUCUUAAUCGACGAAGAACAUAACGCUCGAGUUGCAGAUUUUGGACUUUCGUUGUUAGGUCCGGCGAACAGUAGUUCGCCAUUGGCUGAGCUACCCGCCGGAACCCUUGGGUACCUAGACCCAGAAUACUACCGACUUCAUUAUCUCACUACAAAAUCAGACGUUUACAGCUUCGGCGUUUUGCUUCUUGAAAUCCUCAGUGGCCGGAAAGCAAUCGAUAUGCAAUUUGAAGAAGGAAACAUCGUCGAAUGGGCAGUGCCCUUGAUAAAAUCCGGCGAGAUCCACGCGAUUCUCGACCCCGCCCUAACGCCGCCGUCGGAUCCGGAAGCACUGAAAAGAAUCGCGAAUGUCGCGUGCAAAUGCGUGCGAAUGAGAGGGAAAGAACGCCCGUCGAUGGAUAAAGUGACAACUGCGUUAGAACGAGCUUUAGCGAUGUUGAUGGGAAGUCCGAGCAACGACCAACCGAUUUUACCUACAGAAGUUGUUUUAGGAAGCAGUCGGAUGCAUAAGAAAUCAUCUCAACGAUCGUCAAACCGAUCGGAACUCGAAGGUGACGUGGCGGCGGAGACGGAGGAUCAACGGAUCGAGUUCAGAGCUCCAUCGUGGAUUACGUUUCCGAGUGUGGCGUCGUCUCAGCGGCGGAAGUCGUCGGUUUCAGAGGCGGACGUGGUGGAUCCGAAGGUGGCGGAGAAUAAACAUUUGGGUUUGGGUGAUGGGUUGAGGAGUUUGGAAGAAGAGAUUGGGCCUGCUUCACCUCAAGAACAUGUGUUCUUACAGCAUAACUUUUGA